UAUAGUUUUUUUAAUGCAUACUUUCAACUUUUUUUAAUGCAGUCUGUCCGACUUUAUGCCAAAAAUAUUGAUCAGCGUAAAAAAUCUCCUGAACAGAAUAUUUUGCCAGGCACUGUCGUUGACAAGGAUAUCGUUCAUCCACUUUGGACUGAAUUUUAUCUGAAUUCUCAUGUUGCCCUUCAGGGUACUUCGUCAACUCCACGUUAUAAUGUUCUUUUGGAUGAGAACAAUCUCUCUAUGGACACUCUCCAGAUGAUGACUCAUAGUUUGUGCUUUGGACAUCAAAUUGUCUACAGUCCAACGUCUUUGCCAACCCCUGUGAUGGUUGCACUUGAAUAUGCUAAACGUGGUCGGAACAAUUAUAAUUAUUGGAACAAUUCUGGAUCUGGUGAAAAUCUUAAUGGUGGCACCAAUCUCGAUCUCAAGCAUCUGACUGAGCACCUUUCGUUUGAGAAGUCCGUCUUUUUGAAAAAUUUGCGUGUUAACGCCUAAAUAUAAUAUUUUCUUUAAUUUUUCUGACUUUUUUCCUUU